AUCUCGUUCAUUUUUCCUCUCUCUCUCUCUCUCUCUCUCCCUUCUCUCUCUUCCCCUUCAUCUCUCUUCCCCUUCAUCUCUCCCUCCCACGACACUUCUUCUUACCUUCCCCUCCCCCAUUUAUCUUAUUCUAUUUCUUCUUUACUUUCCUUUUUCUCCUCCCCAUUCUUUACUCUUUUCCCUCCCCCUCCCCUCUUCUUGUCAUUCCUUGACCCGCCAAUAUUUCCUGAGCUGAAUCUCUCCCCCUCCCCUCCCCUCCCCUCCCCUCUCUCCCCCUGCCAAUCCGUCGAUUCGUUGGACCUGUCUUCGACCUCCCUUCUCGCCUGGUCCAAGUCCUUGGCUACUACCUGCCAAGCUGACUCGGGCCUGGGUGUUAGGUUCCCUUGUCCAUGCCACGUUCAUCAGCUACGGCUAGGAAGAGUCAUAGCAAUCGACAAGAGAAUGGCCCCGUUGCGUCUGGAAAAAAACCCAGCAAGCAGAGAUCGAAUGGAAAUCUAAAUGGGAGUAUUAACAGCACCACGACCCCGGAUUCUGGCCCUUCGUCUCAGGUUGACUGGCCCUCGCGUCGCCCGUCAGCAGACCAAGCAACAACCUCCACGGUAGCGACAACUGUCAAGGCUAACGGGUCGACGGAGAGCUCGAAGGCGGAUGGUAACGGACGUGGUUAUCUCAACGGAUAUGCGAAGGGGAAUGCAGACAUGUUAUACGGUCAGACGAACGGUGCUGCGGCGCAGAACGGUGGUGGUGGACUGGCAGCUCAGUCGGCGUCACGUCGUACCGAGAAGUCGGCGGCGACUGGGACCAAGAGGUCGACCUCGAAUGCCUCUGUCAACCCCCUCCAAUUAGCAUCGACGAUCCUCAAGUCCUGCCCCAUGUACGACACCAUCGCCAUCUUGAUCUUUCUGCUGCAGCUUCCACCUAUGGUCCUGACUCUGGUCCAAUUCUUGUUUGCUUCAUUGACCUUCAUGCCUCCUGGCGGUGCGUCCUCUGGCUCCCUGACUUCCAACUUCGAUAUCUUCCAAGGCCCUGCCGGGACCCCGUCUCUUGGAACUAUGAUAGCGAUGGAUGGAUUUUGUCUACUCUUUUGGGGGCUUUUCAUGUGGAGCUGGGCUCAAAACUUCGCCCUUGAUCUGGCCCACGUGCAGGUCGCCAUAACUCUCGGUGGUGGAGGCUCCGGGAAAAAUGGUGGUGUCAACGCUCUGUGUGUUGGCAUUGUGUUGGUUUUGCAUCUGAUUCGCAGUAAAGGUAUACAAGAAUUCGUGAUUGGUCAUCUUGUAUCAGCGAAAAUAAUCACCCCCGAUAUCUUGUCACAAUAUUCAUAUCUCAUGCCGGCUGAGUGGAAACGCACUGAUCCACAAGCAUCUUCUCCGAGCUGGAUCCGGAGUCUGCUUGCUGUACAUAUCCUAGCUCAAGCAGGUACCGCUAUGGCAAGGCGGUCGAUGGCUAAGAACCGAUCCCCAACUCCCGCGCGAACCGGCAAACGUGUUGAUACAGAAGCGUCAGCUGGCUCGCAGACACAAAUUGACUCGGCUUUCGAAUCUACGGCCAGUGUUUCGUCUUACCUUGGUCCGGAUGGCCAAAUCAUCACCUCGGCAGCACACAAAGACGGUAGGGAUCGAUUGAUUUCGGCGAAGAAACGAAGGAGACAAGCGAACCAAGUCCGGAGUCGUCAGCCGUUCUGGGCUGCACUGGCGAGUACCAAGGUAACGGUGAUGAGGGAGUAUGAGCAUUCUCGGGCUUUAUCAAAAACUACGCGAGGUUCUACCAUGACGGAAGAAGAUCUCCAAGGAGUUUCUUUGGAGGAUGGGCUUGUUUGGAUUACGGAGGUGGGUAGUUCCACCAUCCAGUUUGCGGCUGGCGAUUUCACCUCCAUGGACGACUCUGCUCUGUCGGGGUCCUGCGAAGCUGGAGGCCUGAAGACGGAAGAUGCGGAUCCAUUCUAUGUUUGUGUUAAUGGCGCGCUGUGGGCUACUGCUGCCCUAUGCAAAGUACAAGAGUCUUCGAAGGGGUCGAACACGGUGUAUUGGCGGGGCGAGAUUUCAGGUCUCGCCCCAAAUUGCGCGUACACCUGCUCAUUUCUACGAAGUGAUACCGACGAGGAAGUCUGUGCUAUGAGUGUCAAGACCCCCCCUGCCAAUGACGCAGAACAAGCUACCUCGGUCCCGACCCCACCACAGCCGUCCUAUCGGCCUUCCUCUCCAACUACCACGUUGAAAAAUUCGAUUAUCAACGCGGAAGUCAAGCUGAACGAGAAGCGCUCUCGUUUGAGGAAAGCUAAGAAUGACCACAAACUUGCCAUUUCCAAAAUCAAGAAAGAGCUGGACAAUUACAGCCAUCGUUUGCAUAGUGGAACGGACGAAAACAGGCAGAAACAACGGUCUCUCCAACUGGAAAGAAACAUUCGACAAACCGAGGAGGCCACUGCUGCCCUCGAGAGCCAACUCGACACCUUGGAAAAUAUUCCCGAGGAGGAACUUCAAGCAUGGACCGAACAAAAGGCCAAAUACGACCACGAAGUCGAACUACUCAACUGCGCCAAGGAGGAGGUUAUCGCAAUGCGGGCCGCCAAUGCUCGCGAUCUGUCAGCGUUGGAAUCGGAAUUGGGUUCCACGGUUCAGAGGCGCGAACGUCUUCAGAGUCGCCGUACAAGAGUGAAUGAGCAGUACGAAAGGAUUAUUUCCGCCAAUGCUCAAGGCCUCAAUGAGCGGGAACGCCGCGCAGCGGAGCAGUUUGCACGGGAACAAGAUCAGGCCAAACUAGAGUCCACUUUUAACGAGCAGUUUGUAAGCAUCAGCCAGUCGGUUCAGGAAUAUCAACUUCGCACUACCCAGCUCUGGCAGCAGUCUGCAGCUAUCGAACAAGCUAUUCAGCAGCAGCAACAGCGGAUGCUUAUGGAAUCCACGCCACUGACUCCGGAAGGUGAUCUUCCCGGGACCAGUCUCUUCCCCGAGGCCCCAGGAUUACCCCUGACCUCGUUGGUGACGACUACUACCUCUGGCACCCGGUCGUUACUGGGCCACAGCUUCCCAUCACUCAAGUCCAGUCCUCUCCAGCAUGGGUCGUCCCCUGUGGGUGCGACAUCGUCGCACCCGACCAGCCCGAUCCAAGCACCUUCGUACCUCCAAUACUUCCCCAGCUCCCCGUUCGUGACCGUGGGAUCCCACCUGGAUCCGGAUUUCGUCUACCGUGACCGUUCAUUCUCGAACCGGUCUGCCCGUAGCAGCCUCUACGGCUCGGAUUUCAUGGAUUCCACCCGCCGUACCCCACUCCAGCUUGACCCGCUUGAUUUGGGUGCGGAGAAGCGACGACGUUCCGGAUCGGAGAGCAACCCCCCAACCCUCGGGCUGCGGCCAAUCUCCAGCCCUUUUCAAAGAGCCGCCAGUCAUGCGAGCGGUAGUGCCAGCGGUGGAAGCGGCGGAAGUGGUGGAAGCGGAAGUGGUAGCGGCAGCCCUAGCUCUGCCCGUGGUAAAGGAAACUAAGCCCAAGUUUUUUUUUUUUUUUUUUUUUUUUUUUUU